AUGAUCUCAGUGUUUGUCAUGUUGACAUGUGCCUUUCGCUAUGGCCAUGAUGACUUGGACGUGAUCGGUCUGACAUUCCGCAAAGAUCUGUAUGUACAGGUGCAGCAAGUGUUCCCACCUGAGCCCACCAGCACCCAGGGGCCCCUCACAGUCCUACAGGAGCGACUGCUGCAAAAGUUGGGGGACAAUGCCUACCCCUUUACCCUGCAGAUGGUUGUUAACCUGCCCUGUUCGGUGACACUGCAGCCAGGUCCCGAAGAUGCGGGAAAGGCCUGUGGGAUUGACUUUGAAGUGAAGAGCUUCUGUGCUGAAAACCUGGAGGAGAAAAUCUCCAAGAGAGACUCUGUGCGGCUGGUGGUUCGAAAAGUACAGUUUGCACCCCUGGAACCAGGCCCUGGCCCCUGUGCCCAGACCGUCCGCCACUUCCUUUUGUCAUCUCAGCCCCUACAACUCCAGGCCUGGAUGGACAGGGAGGUUCACUACCAUGGCAAACCCAUCUCUGUCAAUGUUUCUAUCAACAACUGCACCAACAAGGUCAUCAAAAAAAUCAAGAUUUCAGUCGACCAGAUCACAGACGUUGUCCUGUAUUCCCUAGACAAGUACACCAAGACCGUGUUCAUUCAGGAGUUCACGGAGACUAUAGCUGCUAACUCCAACUUCUCUAAGAGCUUCGCAGUAACCCCACUCCUGGCUGCCAACUGCCAGAAACAGGGCCUGGCACUGGAUGGCAAACUCAAGCAUGGUGAUACUAAUCUGGCCUCUAGCACAAUUCUUCAUUCCAGUCUUCAACCUGGAAUGAACAAGGAGCUGCUGGGGAUCCUGGUGUCCUACAAAGUGAGAGUCAACUUGAUGGUGUCUGGUGGAGGCAUCCUAGGCGACCUGAUCACCAGCGAUGUUGGUGUGGAGCUGCCCCUGAUCCUGAUGCAUCCAAAGCCAUCACAUGAGGGUGCUAGCUCUGAGGACAUAGUCAUCGAGGAGUUCGCUCGUCAGGAGCACCGUGGGGAGGAGAGCCAGGAGGCUUUGGCGGCGGAGGGGGAUGAGGGAAGCUAA